AUGGCUAAUUCUGUUUUAAGAUUGUUCCUGAGAUUCCCGAGUAGUAAUCAUUGCAGUUUCACAAAAUCUGCUGCUACCUCAUGGUGUUAUUACAACAGUUUUUAUCGAAACUGUUCAGGCUACCUUUUCAUGAGAAAUUCGAAACCAAGAGGGUGGUCGGUAAUCAGAACUAGUACGCGUGAAGCUAAGUUUAAGUUCUCGACUAAUUCCUGUUCCAGUUCUUUAAGUAGUAAUACCAGUACUUGUGAGAAUGAUGGUGGCCGAGAGUAUCUGAUGAUGACCGAUGAUCAACUAAUAAGUCAGUGCGAGGUAGAUACUUUCAAGGCAUCAGGACCGGGAGGACAACACCGUAACAAGCGUGAGUCUGCAGUGCGUCUGAAGCACCUUCCAACCAGUAUUAUUGCUCAGGCUGUGGAGGAUAGAUCACAACACAAAAAUCGUGCUUCAGCCCUUGCUCGCUUGCGUACGCUUUUAGCUCUUAAAGUGAGGAAUACCGUGGAUCUUGAUGCAUACGUACCUCCUCCGGAACUUGUGCAAAUUCUGCCUGCAAAAUCAACUGUAAGGGGAUCAUACCAAGGUCCUCAGAUUGGACCAAAUAACCAGAAAUUUGUUAUGGGAAUGCAGGCUUUACUUGACCUAAUUUUUGCAGUCGAGGGGUCUGUGGCAGAUGCUUCAAAGAAGUUAGGGUUGAGCACUGGGGCGUUAUCACGGUUAAUUUUAUCUGAUGAUUCUCUUCGAAUGGCGGUGAAUGAAUUAAGGGCUAGUAAGGGUAUGAAGCCUCUUAAAUAG